GAACCCUAGUCGCGCUUGGGCGCUUGGUUGUUGCAAAAGUAAAGGACAAAACAUUUUCUCUGAAUACCUAUUUCUUUUUUGUGAGCAUAUUUAAAUAACUAAAUAAUUAACAUCAAAUAUUAAGAUAAAAGAAAACGAGUGUUUGUAGAAUUGUAAAGAAGAAGGGCAAUUACACCAAUAAAGCAUAAUGGUAAGCUGCCUGUCGUAGCUCGAAUAACAGGAAUAAAAAAGUAUAAUCGAUUUUUUGCGAAUGUCAAAGAAAAUGUCUCGUUAUCCCACUGAUCGGAAGGUGUAUGUUGGUGACUUAGGAAACAGUGCUCGCAAAAAUGAAUUGGAGUAUGCAUUUGGUGCCUACGGUCCAUUGCGUAGUGUUUGGAUAGCUCGUUCACCUCCAGGAUUUGCAUUUGUGGAAUUUGAGGAUGCUCGUGAUGCAGCGGAUGCAGUUAGAGGUUUAGACGGGCGGACAAUUUGUGGCCGCCGUGCACGCGUCGAGCUAUCUACCGGCAAAAGCACAAAACCGGGUCGAAGUGGGGGUAGUGGUGGUGGUGACCGCAGAGGAGUAGGUGUUCCUGAUCGUUAUGGUGGUGGAGGCGGCGGUGGACGUGGUAUGGGAGGUGGUGGACGCAACGCCGGUGGUGUAGUUGGCGGUGCAGUUGGUGCUGAGAGUAAAUGUUACGAUUGCGGUGACCGAGGACAUUAUGCCCGGGACUGUCAUCGCCAUGGACGAAGCAGGAGACGUCAUUCACGAAGCCGUUCCCGCAGUGUAUCCCGAGGUAGGCGAUCUCAUUCCAGAUCAGCAUCACGCUCUCGCAGCCGUUCUGUUUCAGGAACAAGAGAAACUUCACGCAAGGCUAGAGAGGCUUAUGGUCGAUCACGAGAAAAUGGACGUGAGAAUGGCGAAUCAGCUUAUAGGUAUAGCGAAGAAGAACGCAAUGGCGGCGGAGCGAUUGCCGAUUCACCAUCACCAAAGCGACGAUACGAACAUGAUUCUCCAUCUCCUAAACGCAUUACUCAUUCAAAACGCAGCCGCACCGAAUCCUCUCGCAGACAUGGCGGAGGAGGUGGUUCUUCCAUCUCACGUUCGCGUUCUAAUUCCCAUAGAGAUUAGCAAUUAUUGAGCAAAAAUCAAGUAGCAGCAUAUAUAAAGUGAACAUAUACAUAAUACAUUUAAUUUCUCUCAUGAUUUCCAAAAUUAAUUCAUUUACCUAAUUACACCUUAUAAAUAGCUGCUAAAAUGUUUAGAAAUUUAGGGAUUAGAUGUUAAUUUACAAGACACUCUUAAAAUACUAAAUCAAGUCUACGAAAUGACACUGUCUGAAAGUCUCAACAUUUUAUUAUGACAGUAUUCAAUCGUAAAAUACCACAAAUUGCAAACACUUUUUAUUUAAUAAAUUUUGUAUAAUUUUUAUAUACGUUUAUUGCUAAAUUAUUUUUUUAUAUUCUUUCGACAAAGCUGUUGGAUAUUCAGAUCUAUUUUUCUGGAUGUACAUUGUGGAAUACGGGAAAAACAGCAGCCUUGGCCAAAAUAAAUGAAAUGAAAAAAUCAAUCUCCAUACAUACACACUUUAGUUCACAUCAUGAAAUUAAGCUGGAAUCGUUUCACAUAACAAAAAAAAUAGUAUUUGAAUUAUGGAAUUCCUGCAAUUUUAUUUAACAUUUCCUCUUUUUUCAUUCCUUCUUUCGUUCGAAUUAAUUGGAUUUUUCCAAAAUUAUUUUGUAUCAUGACUUUUGUAGGCUAGUGAUAACAUUUCCAUUUAAAAUAAUGAAUGUUAACAUUGGGCUUAUUUAACAUAAGGAGCCAUCUUUCAAAAGAUUAAUUUUUCCAUUGAUUUAGAUUUUACACUUUCCCAAUUUUCUUCAAAUUCCAUAACUAAAAUUUACGUAUAGAAAUACAAGAAAUUAAAGAACCUGAAACAUAUUUUCUUUGACCAUAUAUCUAAAAGCGACAGUUAAAUAUUACAAUUAUUAUUAUGAUUUUUAACAAACUUCACCCCCAUCAACAAGUCAGUCAACUAUAAAUAUUAUGUAAUUUUGAUUUGAUAUAAAGUGUAACCAUUAAGCAUAAUUUCUAUCAAUAAACGUUUAAUUAAAAAUGA